AUGGCCCUUCCAAACCGCCUUCAGCACGAUUUCAUUACCCGAUUUUGCUGGGAGUCUUUUUCCGACGCGACAUCUCAAGCCGAUUUUCUGUUGAGGUUCAUCCGGGACAAGGCAGAGGACCUUAAUGCGGACCACCUGAUUGCUCCUCUAUGCGAGUUCCUUAUAAAACUGCUGAUGGAUGCCGAGGUUGAACACUGGCAGUCCUGUGAAAAGGCCACAGUUGAGGUGCCAACUAUGACUCCAGUGGCCCAGAAGAAACCUCCCGCACCGCUACCGACGCGAAAAGCACCCAAGUCCCCCUCCUCUGGCCAACCCGAGGAGGGUGAAGAGGGUGAGGUCAUUGAGGCUGAUGAGGAUGAAGGUGAAGAAUUAGACGAGGAUUCUGAGAAUGGCGCUGAAGACGUCAAGAGCAGUGUCCAAACCCUGCACAAAGUGCUCAAUAUCUAUCGAAUGAUUUUGGCUGCGGACCUAUUCCCAGUAAUUCAUCGCGUAAGUACUAGCCUUUUUUUCAUUAAUCCCUGUUGUUAUGUCCCCCAGUUGUAUGUGUGUGGAAUAGAAGACAGACAAGACAGCGGAGAACAAGUUCACUGA